CAAAAAGGUUCUGUUUAGAACCAUAUAGAACAUAUUCAAUGAUCUGCAGAGAGACCUACCUAUGAAGAAUCAUCAUAUUUAAGAGUGUGUAUACAAAGAUGCACCGAUAUAGGACGUGUGAGCCGAUGCUAAGAUCCAGUAGGAUGAUGGAUGCACUAUCAGUAGUGUCUCAGCUGAGGGACUUGGCGUCGGAACCUCAGAAUCGGGAGAUCAUAGUCCGGGACCAGGGCUGCUUGCCAGGGCUUGUGCUGUUCCUGGACCACAAAGAUCCUCAAGUAGUUUUCACCACUCUGCAGACCCUGAGGUACCUGGCAGAAUCAACUCAAAACAUUAACACUAUGAAGAACGAGCUUGGCAUGAUGGUGACCCUGGAGGCGCUGAAGGAAAACAGUGGGCUGAAUAAUGACAUAACAGAUCUUGCUAAAGAGGUACAUGAAGUGUUGAGCAAUCUAGACACAUACAGAACUCCAGAGCAGACGAAGAGGAGGAAUAAACACCAGUUCUUCAUCAAUAGCUCCAAUAAAAAGGCCAAAUCAAUCACUCUGCACAUACAGGGUUUGGAUGGGACAGACCAGCGAGGAGUGUGUGAGGAGGCCCUUUUGAAAGUUAAAGGAGUGAUCAGCUUCACAUUCCAGAUGGCUCUGAAGAGAUGCACAGUGCGUGUGCGUGCAGAUCUGCCCACUGAGGUUUCUGUUCAGUUCAACUGUAGUCUGGCCUCAGCCAUUGCUGCCACUAAAAUGCUUUCAGCGCAGCAGGUGGUGAAGAAUGAGAGUGGUGAAGAGGUUCUCAUCCCUCUCAGCACUACAGACCUAAAGGUAGAGGAGAAUUCCCACCUGCCAGACUAUCUGCCUGAAGAUGAAAGUCCUGAAAAGGAGACGGAUCGUGCCGUGUCUCGCACUACCGCCAAACAGGACUCCAGUGGAAGCUGGUUAAACACAGCUGCCAGCUUUCUCACUAAAACGUUCUACUGGUGAAGAUAGGGGGGCUUUUGUAUGUAAAUAUCUGAACCACAACUGGAAGUAUUUAAGGCAGGAUUUCUAAGUUAGCCAGACAAAUAAAACCAAAGGGUUUACUAGGAAAUAGGCUAACUGACCAAUGAAAUGUCCCCAGCAUAUAGAAUGACCUGAACCAAACAAUUUAAUGACUGUACAAGAUACAGAGCAGCUACAGUAUAGUGCAAAUCUGCUCAGUUUAAAUGAUAAUCACCCUUCUUCAUAAUAAACGUAAAGUUGUUAUAACAAGGACUUGGAAGGAUCCUUUCCAUAUGGAAAUAUUCUUUCACUGUUUAACAUCUCAGGUGUUCCAGUUUUUCUGUCUGUUGUGCUUCAGUUUGUCUUUGUAUGUGUGACACUUUGUUUUACUGUUGCUUUGAUCAACUGUGUACAUACAUGCAUAUUGAUUUAUUUUAAGUGAGUUUAUUCUGUCUCAAAAAAGGUUAUUUUUAAUAAAGUACAUGUAAAUGAUA